AUGGGAAAACCAACCAUUCUCUAUGUCGGAAACCCGAUACGUUUUUCCCGUGAGCGCUGGGCAGAGCUUGAAAAGCGCUGUAACGUGCUAUACUACUCUAAACUCCCCCUCUCCGAGCUCAUAGAGGCCUUCAGCGAGGGAGGUAAAUACUCGACCGUAGACGGCAUUCUUCGACCGAAUAACACCCUGACCAACAAUCUGCCUCUCUUCAACAAGGAGCUAAUCCCUCAUCUACCUCCGUCGUUGAAGAUAAUCGCCUCGGUCAACCAUGGCUACGACGGACAGGAUACGGAAGAACUAGCACGGCAUAAAAUAUGGUACUGUAACGGUGCCGGUGCAGCAAACGAUUCGACAGCAGACCUAGCUUUGUUUCUAAUCAUAGCUACGUUUCGACGAACGAGCUUCUGCGAACAUAAGGUUCGUAGCUUACGGAGAGGAAACUACUAUGACAUCGAGGAUGAGGUUGCUGAGAUCGCGCACAAUCCACACGGGAAGGUCCUAGGUAUUGUAGGUCUGGGAGAGAUCGGGCAGGCGGUAGCCACGCGAGCUUUGGCGCUGGGCAUGAAGAUACAUUAUUUCGGCCGGUCGAAAAAAACUAGCGCGGUGGAAUCAAAGCUGGGAGGCGCAGUAUAUCACUCCGAGUUGAAAGGGUUGCUGGAGGUUACGGAUUGCUUGUUGUUAGCUUGUCCGCAUACGCCGGAAACGCACCAUCUGCUUAAUUCAGAAACAUUCAAACUGAUGAAACGCGGUGUUCGAGUCAUCAAUGUUGGGCGUGGGAAGUGUGUGGAUGAAGAGGCGUUGGCUGAUGCCAUUGACGAAGGGAUAGUGAGCAGUGCUGGGCUAGAUGUUUAUCAGGACGAACCCAAGAUUAAUGCCCGAUUACUCGAUAACUGGCAUGUCACAUUGUUACCGCAUGUUGGAGGAGCAACGAUUGAUACGCAAGCAAACUUUGAACAAAUAGCCAUGGGCAACAUUGAGGCGUUCUUCUUCGGUGAUGGCAAGCCUCUUACCCCAGUCAACAAAGUCGAAGACUACAAACCCAGUACAGAGCGACUGUAG